AUGUUCGACACCAUUUACAACAGGAUCAACCAGAUGGAGGACAUGCUGGCAAUGGUGCACGACGGUGUCAAGAGUUCCACUGCCUUGUUGGGUGAAGGUAACCCCCUUGCAGACAUUGCAGACGACAGGGACUUUUUCCAUAGCAAGCUGGGGGUGCUGCACAGGCAUGCAGCUGACAUCCGGGCAGAAAUCAGGAACAACCCGAACAUCACACAGGAAAAAGUGGAGCAGUGGGCGCCUGAACACAAAAAGGCCCUGGAUGAGAAGCUUCUAGCAGCAGAGAAGGUCCUGAAGCGGGUUGAUGAGCACUACUCGGCAGAGGGGAAAAAGAUUGAUGCAGCAGAGUAUGAAGAACUCUUGCAUGCCGUGACAGCUGCUUUCUUGACACCUACGGAGCCAGGCACACGCAUAGAGAAAGUCACUACCGAACUGGCAGAGGCCCACGAUGACCUUCCUGACACCCAGUCCUCCAUCACCCGCCUGCAGUCUGCAAUCAACAAUCUGGACGAGCUUUCAAAGAAGAACGAGCAGCUGUCAGCGCAAAUGAAGGACCGACGGGCUCAUUGGAACACGGAGUACAUCAAAAUCCUCCAGCGCUCUCGGCAGAACCAAAGGACUGCCCAUGUCAACGCACUUGAGAACAUGCCAGAGCAUUGCAUCAAAGAGCACACUGGUCUAGAGUACAUGGGAUUUGGGGGGCUGGGUGUGGCCUUGUCUCAGCUGAUAUCUAUCUAUUUCACCUUGUGCCUUCAAUUCCGGAUUCCUCUGAAAACGGAUUGA